AUGUUCUUGAAUACAACUACUACCGACCUUGAGAUUCAUUUUAACAGCGUCGGGACCAAGAUUGAUCGAUUAGCUGCGACCUCUCCAAGAGCCGGACUGCUGUCGCCGUCCCUGAGCGUGAUUCCAAGGAGUGGCCAACGACCAGAAUAUGAUCCCGUUCUCAUGUCAUAUUUUGAGCACGUAAUUUGUAGCAGUUCCACUCUGGUGGACAAUGCUCACUAUAAUCCUUAUCGGUACCUCAUUCUACCUAUGGCUCUGGAGUCCGAGGGACUAUACCAUGCCACUCUGGCCAUUGCUGCGAAUACACUUCGACUGUCCGAUCCACGGUACAGACUUCCAGCCUUAGAGCAUCAUCAUCUUGCGCUCAGUCACCUCAGAGGUCUCUUAAACUAUGAUACUUGGGAAGAGAAAGAGCUGGACGAGAUGUUAGGGCUGGUUCUUAUGUUAUGUUGGUUUGAUAUUUCAGAUAAUAGUCGACCAUCAUGGGUGACACAUCUAAAUGGAUUUCAAGAUUUGAUCCGCACUCGACAAAAUCGUCCAGGUCGCUCUGAUCAUAGCAAGGAGCUAUCAAGCUUCUUCAAUCGUUACUUUGCCUUCCAUCUCGUUCUUGCCCGUACAGCUUUCAAGGUCAAUCCCGAGACCUGCCAGGCAUAUGUUCUGCCAGAUACCCUACUCGAGACUCCUGACACAAUUGACCCGUAUAUGGGAUUCAGCCCUUCGCUUCUCCUUUUGAUCAACCAGGUGACCGAACUAGCCGGGCAUAAUGAACGAGAUCAACAAGUCAUGGGCGCUCAAAGAGUUUAUGAUCUGAAACGCCGCCUAGAAGAAAUUCAACAGAAGCUCCCAUCGGAACAAAUUGACCCUGAUACCGAGUGUGCCUCGAUAGCAGAAGCCAAUAGACUCGGAGCGCUCCUUCUUCUACAUGAGACCUGCUCAUCAAAGGCGGGUUCAGCCAGCUCGACCCAGCUCCCCUCCCUGGAUUCCAAAGAAAAGAGCCAAUACGUGGAUCAGAUACUCAAGCUCAUACUAACCAAAAAAUCAAACAUGAUGCGCACUGCUGUCCUGCCACUAUGGCCAUUGUUUCUCGCGGGGUGCUGUGCACGUGAGGAAGAAGAGAGGGUCAUUGUGUUACAGUUAUUUGGAGAGCUAGAAAGCAUCCGUCGGUUUGGGAACAUAACACCUGCAAUGGAAGUUGUUGAAAUGGUUUGGCGGCAGCAAGACCUGGCGGGGUCAGAUGAUAGAAGGCCCCAGAAGAAUGGAAGUCCGGAUCUAGAAAAUGAUCCUCUGCAAGGUGCCCGUUUUGCAUGGGAGCAUGCGAUGGCGAUGUUAGGUGAUUGGAAAGUAAGCUUGACAUGA